AUGCUGACGGUCGAUACCGUACAAUCUCCCUCGGCAUCGAGGAAUGAUCCUUUGCCGCAGACUUCGGCGGCCGAGCCUUCGGCAUCGAUGCCGACACCGGCACAGCCUUUACCACCGCCGCCGCCGCUAUUGCUGUCGCCUAUACCAGCACUAAGGCCACAGUCGGCACGGGGCCCGAGGCUGACGUCAACGUCUGAAGGGGAGAUAAGAGAUGUAUCUCCAGCCCCCAUACCGCCUGGACAGGUGCGAACUGAGGACAGACGUUAUAGACAUGACUCCCCAGACUCCAUGUUUUCGGGUCGCUCAGGGAGAGACUACUACUACUAUGAUAGACCACCACUGCCGAGAGACAGGUCCCGUUCACCACACCAUGAGAGAUGGGAACGGCAUUCUUACAGAGACCAAUAUUAUGGUCGUGAUAUGUAUUACCAAAGACCUUAUGAAGGACAAUGGGGAUAUUCUCCCCAAACCUAUUACACCCGACUGCCAUAUUCUACGGGACACCCACAGGCUGAGCCUGUAGCUAGACCUUCAGCUACAAUGCCUAACCCUCAUUCCAGUCUUAUCGAUGCCAGCACACAACCAAUGCAACCGCCUUCAUCGCUACCUCUCAGUCUACAGGCAUCCCAACCACAGCAACCAGAACCACUCAUUCACGUGCCAAUUCCUAGAGUGAAUUCUCCGUCAUCCCCCCAUGACGAUUAUGAAUCUGAUUCUUCUUCUUCGUCAUCAGCACGACCAUCUAUUGCCUCCCCAGGGCCAUUUCUCUGA